AAUAAUGUUAAAAGUCUAAAGUUCAUACCAAAGAAUGCCUGUACCAGCUCAAGAGAAGUCUUUGUGGAAAAAGCAUUUUUAAAAUUGGAAAAGGUACCAGGUAAGAAGCUUUGCAUGGGUGAACAUAGAAGCCUACCUGCUUAUGUUAAGCUUUUGGUUACUCACAGCCAUGACGGACUCCAACAAGAUGAUCAUCAACUUGGCCCUCUUUGGCAUGACUCAGAGUGGAAAAAGUUCUGCUGGCAACAUCCUUCUAGGAAGCACGGACUUCCACAGCAGCUUUGCUCCAUGUUCUGUGACCAAAGAGUGUAGUCUGGGCCGCAGCUGUCACCUCCAUGGCUUCAUGCGUCGAGGGGGGCAAGAGAUAACCCUGCAGGUCCGGGUGCUGGACACUCCAGGUUAUCCGCACAGCAAGCUGAGCAAGAAGCAUGUGAAACAGGAGAUCAAGGAGGCCCUGGAACAUCACUUUGGGCAAGAGGGUCUCCAUCUUGCACUGCUAGUCCAGAGAGCAGACGUGCCUCUCUGCGGACAGGAGGCAUCUCCCUCAGUCCAGAUGAUCCAGGAACUUCUGGGACAUGCCUGGAAGGAUUAUAUGGCCAUUCUUUUCACCCAUGCAGAAAAAAUAGAAGAAGCUGGGUUCAAUGAAGCCGAAUACUUACAUGAGGCCUCCGAUACACUGCUGACCCUUCUAAACUCUAUUCAGCACAGAUAUAUUUUCCAGCAUAAAAAAGGAGACUCACUUAAUGCACAAAGAAUAAAAGUCUUAGAAAAAAUAAUGGAAUUUAUAAGAGAAAAUAGUUACCAAGUUCUUACCUUUAAAUAACAUUGGGUUUUAAUGCCAGAAACUUGGUUUCAAAAGUGCCUUUGUUAGAAUGGAUGUGAACCACGAGAAUUCUAAUAUCCUGCCAGUAAAAGAGGACACUGGUAUAAACACUAUGGAAAUUACCCAAAUGUUCAUCAACAAUAGCAUGGAUAAGCAAAUUGUGGUAUUUUACACAAUAACAUGUUGUGUGGUGAUGGGAAUGAACAAACACCAUGUUAACAGUAUCUAUGAAUUGCCUAAACAUAAUGCUGAAAGCAAGGAGCCAAACAUAUUCCAUAAGUGUUGUCACAAACUUGAUUUUCAACAGUUGAGUA